AUGUUAGUAUUGAAAAACAUGUUCCUUGACAAAAUAAAACCAACUACAGAAAUAAACGACGCAAGACUGAAAGAUUGGGUAAAAGCUUUCCCAUUCACAAAAGAUAUUGUUGGUAACAUGGAAAGAAAACCAGAAUGGCUACAAAAACAUAUAUUUGGAAACGAGCAUAUUCCAUAUGGACAGGCACUGUUUGAAGAGCUUGAACCAGAAACUCAGGAAAGAGUCAUGCAAACAAUACGCGAAGACUCAAAUACAAACUAUGACAAACUCUUUCUAGGAUAUAGGUUACCUGAGAUGGGCGACCAGAGCCCAAAGGCAAAAAGGACAUGGGAAAUUUACAACAUACUAGGUGAACAUGAGGCAAAGAUGCAACAACUUGAAGCAGAGGGCAAGUUACCAAAGAAGAAAAGAAAGUGGUGA